CAAGGCUUCAAAUCACAUACAUAUAAAGAAAGGACAAGCGUGACAUACCAUUCUGAUAAAAAUCCCCUCUUUUCUUUCUUCUCCUCCACUCUCUUUCUUUCUUUCUUUCUCCCCUUGACUCUUCCACACCCCAUUUCUGCACAAAACCAGAGGGAAAUAAAGACAGAAAAAAAUAGAAUAUUUAUUAUUGAGGAAGAAAAAUGGGGAAAAAGACUACUCUCAAUCCCACUUUUCUUUUCUUCUUCUGCUUUGUUGUUUCCGUAUAAUGACCAGGCUACAUUCGCCUCUUCUUCUUCGAAGAAGAUGGAUGCCCGUUCGUCAUUAACGUCGUUUGAUGCUCUUUACUGCGAGGAAGAACAAUGGGGGGAAGUUUUGGACAGUGAAUGGUCCGGGUCCGAGGUUUCGGAGAUUCCGAGGAAGGAGGAGGAUUCCCCUGUUCUGUUCUUGUUGGAUCAGGAUUUGUGCUGGGAAGACGAGGAGCUUCUCUCCCUUUUCGCCAAAGAAACGGACACCCAUUUGAGUUUCGAGGCGUCUCUAUCGAUUCCUCGUACCCAGGCUGUCCGGUGGAUCCUUAAAGUCAAUGCCCAUUACGGAUUUUCGCCGUUAACUCCCACCCUCGCCGUUAACUAUCUCGACCGGUUCCUCUCCGGUCUCCAGUACCAGGAAGACAAGCCGUGGAUGAUUCAACUCGCCGCCGUCGCCUGUCUCUCCUUGGCUGCAAAAGUCGAGGAAACCCAUGUUCCCCUGCUCCUCGACUUCCAAGUGGAGGAUGCUGAGUACGUGUUCGACGCCAAAAGCAUACAGAAAAUGGAGCUCCUCGUGCUGUCCACUCUGAAAUGGCGGAUGAAUCCGGUGACGCCGCUGUCGUUUCUCGAUCACAUCACGCGCCGCCUCGGGCUGAAGAAUCAUCUCCACUGGGAAUUCUUCACCAAAUGCGAAAGCCUCAUUCUGUCUUUCAUGCCAGAUUCAAGAUUCGUACGUUUUCUGCCGUCUGUGCUGGCCACUGCCACCAUGCUUCACGUUAUUCAUCAACUCGAACCCAGCAACGCAGUUGACUACCAAAACCAGCUUCUGGGUGUUCUCAAAAUCAGUAAGGAGAAAGUGAAUGAUUGUUACGAGCUCAUCAAAGAGCUGUCAAGCACUGCCUCAAACAAGCGCAGUUACAGCAACCUUCAGUGUCUUCUUCACGAUCCCAACAGCCCCAGCGCGGUGAUUGACGCGGUGCUGAGCUGCAGCGAAAGCUCCAACGAUUCAUGGGGAUUGGAGACGCCGCCGCCGGAGCAGCGCCGCCCGCUCUACAAGAGACCGAGAGUUGAGGAGCAGCAAAUGAGGGUGCCGCCAUUGAUGACCAGAGUGUUCGUGGACGCGAUUGCCAGCCCGCGUUAAACCCUAAUUUUAAGCUCUCCUCAAUUUAAUUUUGUUAUUAUUAUGUCGCAAUGGUGGUGGGUUCGGUGGUCGGAGAAAGGAGGCGGUUGCGCCGCGGCGCCGCGGCGGUUAUUUUUUUCCUCUUACCUCUUACCACCCUGCCUGGCUACCUCAAGUCCCUUUCAUGCAUCCUCUUUCUGGACAUAUUUUUAUAUUAUUAUUAUUAUUACCGUUUACUAUUAUUAUGAUAAAAAUAAUUUAAACAAUUUUGUUCGAUUUCUCUGGA